AUGCCUUACACACCUCCCUCCCAGAGCCGGUCGCCUGCGAGCUCAGCACCCUCCUCGCCUGACGUCAGCCGUCGCUCAUCAUUCCAGUCCAGCCCGAGACCUUCAUUACCAAGGUCUUCAUCCUAUCUUACGAAGCACAGAAGGACACCGGCCGCGCCGACAGACACGACCGCGAAUGGCUCUUCUGACCAGCCGACACCCCCGGGCACAUCGGACGACUUGAAGGGCAUGGCGACGAGCAACAGCAUUCGGCAAUCACCGCCCCCGCUGACGGACGAGAGGGGUAUGCCUAAGGGCGCUAUCAUCUCCCCGCCAGACUCUGGUAGCGAAGAGGAAGACGUCGCCGAACGCGGCAGGCGUAUUGAAAAUCUCAAGGAACUCCAGGAUGCCAUCAGCCAGAUCCCAGUCCAUAGAGAAGCCUCGCCCACCCGCUCCAACCUCGAGCAGCCAGCCCUGGCACUCAUCACCAAGGACGACCUCCCCAAGGAGGGUCUCCCCACUAGCUUUAGCACCAGCUCGCUGGAUGCCCUUGCCAAGACAGUUGCUCGCCGCGUCAACCACGCAAGAGCGAGCACUGAGCCCAGGAUUGUCUAUGACCCUGUCUCGGCCACCGCCUCCGAGUCGGAUUCGGACGGCAACAACCUUCUCGAUAGCAAACCCCCCAUGGUGCGCAAGAAGUCUGGCGAACUUGUCCGCCCUGCCCUUCGCCCUGCUUCCGCUCGCCGGCGACCUUCCAGCAUGCCUGGCACACCGACUUUCUCCAAGGCAGUCCACUUCGACUCCCACCUCGAGCAUGUCCGGCAUUUCCUCCAGGUUGACCGGCCACUCGCCGUGAGUGCUGGGUCCUCGCCAGUCGAUAACUACGACAGUGACACCGAGUACCCCUUUCCUGGAGACGAACGCCGCAGUGCCCGCACCCCCCCUUACGAGUGGGAGAUUGUCACGGCAAACCAUCCUGUCGACACCCCUAUCCGCAAGUCUUUGCCGGUGCGGCUGGAGAGGGUAUGGCUGUCGCCCGAUCAGAAGAACCUGUUGGGCUCCAUCGCAGUCGCCAACCUGGCUUUCCAGAAAUCUGUUACCUGCAGGUUCACUCUUGACUACUGGAAGACGACCUCGGAGGUCGGCGCGGAAUACUCGCACGAGAUUCGCCCCCAAGAGGGUCCCGUUCCCCACGACCGCUUCACGUUCACCAUCAAGCUCUCGGACCUGGCUAAUCUCGAGACCAAGACGCUUUUCUUCUGCAUCAGAUACAACGUGAACGGCCAGGAGUUCUGGGACAGCAACAACGGCAUUAACUUCCAGGUUGACUUCCGCAAGAAGUACCUGCCCCAGAAUGGCAAGCGUGGCCUCCAAGGCGCUGCCGGCCGCCCUGCCCUGCCCCGCAGCAACCGCCGCGCUAGCCCUGCCUCUGCUCCUCGGUCCAAGUCUGUCUCGGUCGGCUUUGACGACUUUCCCAGCCACAACAAGCUCAACUUUGAGCAGCCCAUCCACGAGUACCUGGGCGAGUCGGGCCCCACGGCGGGGCUCCGCCUCAAGGUCAACAAGUCGACCGGCAACCUGGCCAGUGACAACCUCUCUAGCCGGCUGACGGCCCCCAGCGGCCAGGCAUUCGCCAACCGCUACGAUUUUGGCGCCUCCCUCACUGCCGCCGUCCAGGCCGCAAAGGACACGAGCGUCAAGGACCGCAACCCCGAUGAUCUCUACAUGAAGAGCCACCGCAAGAUCCAGGUUCCUGCCCAACAGCCGCAGCAACCGUAUCACUCUCAGCGGACCAAGCCUGCCCCGGCCGUCACUGCCCCGGCCGCCAAUGUAGGCGCGCCCGCCGUCUCCAAGCCUGUCUUGCAACCCGUGGCCCCUGGCACCGACUCCCCCAACACGUCGCUCGCCUCGUCGUCGUACGAGGAACUGGUCAACAAAUACUGCUUUUUCGGCUCCAAGCAGUCUAGUCCGCAGAUUAAAGAGGGCACACUGAGAAGCGGAAAAUUUGACGGAGCUGACGAUGGUUUCGUCACCCGGGCCUCUAACAGCACGAGCUCGAGUUCCAACGGCAGCCCGAGCAUGGUCCAUCACACCCAGCACGCUGGACCUGCACAGCAUCAUGCCUUCCACCUCCGCGAUGCCAACCCCUACUUCCCGCACCUGGGACCCUACGGUACAUCACCCGCCUCAUCUCCACUCAACCACUCUGCGCAACACGUCGAGCGGCCUGUCCACCCGCGUCCGAACCAGGCUUCCACCCCAGCGACCAUGAGGUCAGCCUCCCCCGCGGCCUCGAUGGGUGGCUUUCCUUACGCCGGUACGUCGCCGAAUGACUUUCCAUACGCCCAGCAACUGCCGGAGCGAUUUCCAUUCAACACGGAGACUCACGCCGCAACAGCUAUUAGGGGUUAA